UAAAUUGUCUGAGAAACAAACUCUGGGCAUUAACACCUCCCCGCCUAGCCUACCGCUGAAGGAUGAUCAGAGAAUGUGACAAUGGCUGUCAGCAGACUGGGAAACAGAGGGCUAGAGACCUAGGCGCACAGGAAAAAAAGGAGGGAGAGGGGAAGUCAAACAAGAAGAAUGAAAAGCAAGUCAGAAUAGCUAACACCAGCUACUCCUUUCAGCAUGAAGAUCCCCCGUGUUUCCCAGAGGAUCUGAGAUCUGCGUCACCACUAGGGAUAUGGACCAAAUUCUGCACAUCGGACCCACGCAUUGCCCUCGGGAAAUACUCCCCCUUGGAAAAAGAGAUCAUACAUCUAGGUGGCAUUCAUACCAUAGCAGCAAGAAGGCUUUUGGCUUAUAAGCAAGAGGAAGAAUGGAAAAUGCUCAAGAAACUACAGUUGCUGUCUCCAGACUAUAAACAGGCAAUAGAAUAUAAAAAACAACAUUCCUCUGAUUGUGCUACUUGUGGACCCCUAGGAAAAAUAUGGACAGCAAAGGUGAUUGUGCCCCUAGAGGAGCUUAAAAUGCCAGAAAGAGAGAAGAUGAACAUCCACAAGCACAUAGAAAGGAUGCAGAUUGCUCGAGCCCUGAGAAAUGAGCAGCUACGGCCCGACAUUGAAAAGCUUAGAGGUACCUCGUUUCUAUCCGGAGUGGGCCUGGGCUCGAUCGCUAAAGACAAGGCCAGGCAAGGGGACACCUGUGACCCCAAUUGUUACAAUAAGGUUAAUCAAGAGAAGAAAGAGGAGGCAGAAGGCAAAAACACAGAAAAACGAGAAGUAAAAAUGAACGUAGUUUUCAAGUCAGAAGAACCAAAACCAAAAUUAACAUGCAGCGCAAAUGAUUGCAAACCAUUUCUCUCCACAAAGAAACGGGAGCGAUCCAUCACGGGCCUAACAAACCGAAAUCUCUUCGACUUAGCUGAAUUCCCUGGAGAUUUAAUGCUAAUGAAUCAGGAUUUUAUAUCACAGAGAGCCCACCCAAGUGAUGCGAUAAACACCUUCAAUCUGGGAGAAGAGAAUAUCUGGAAACAGCUCAUGUACAAAGGGGCUCCUUAUCAUUACUAACAUCUUAUUUAUUCCCCAGGGUAACCAAGUGUCCUGGUCCUUAUUACUCCUGCCAGCUAUGCCCCAGGCUCCUUCUCACUCCAUCUUCUUCUGGGACCUUGGCUUUUCCUGCCUGAUCUCCAGGGGGUCCGCAAAGUAAGAACUGGAUGCUGAGGCAACUCUUGGCUGUCGGCUCAAGCCUUCCUUUUCACCUACUUCCAUUGGGGCCUGUAUCAGUUAUCUAUUUCUGUGCAAGAAAUCACCCCAAAAUCUAGUGCCUUAAAACAACUAUCAUCAAUUUAACUUAUAAUUCUGUGGGUUAGUAAUUUAGGCUGGGCUCAGCUGGGCGGCUCUCCUGCUCUCACCUGGGUUCCUCAUGUGCCUGCAGCAAAUUGCAAAUAAGUUAGCUGCCUCUCCUUCUGGGGGCUGGCAACCCUCAGCUGGGUCAAUGGGGGUGACCGAGCCACAUUUUUCUUCCUCCAGUAAGCUAGCCCAGCCUUGUUCACAGGGCCAUUGUGUGGUCCAAGAGAGUGAGUAGAAGUUUGCAAGGCCUGUUAAGAUAAAUGCUCAGAACUGGCACGCAGUCACUCUUGCCACAUUGUGUUGGCCAAAGUAAGAUGUGAGGCCAGUCCAGAUGCAAAGGUGGGUAAAUGAACUUCAUCUCUUGAUGGGAGGCUGUAUUGCAGAGGGCAUGAACUCAAGGAGGCAGGUCCAGGAGUCCCUGGAGCUAGGACCAGCCUGUGGCCCUAGUCAGGAAAAGAACACUAUUCAAGGAGGAGGCUGCCCAAACCUAAAAGUUAGAAGUCUGUUCCAUGCCCCCACUUCCUGCCUGGGUGCACUGUUUCUGCCUUGGAAGACAGAGCCAGCCCACCCCAGCCUUUUCUCAUCGCCAUCCUCCUCUUCAAUUCAGCCAGGCGAUCCACAGCCUCCCCAUCAGGUCAAGGACAGCCACAGGGCAGGCAUGGCUGUAGCAUGCACAAUUCCUCUGGGCAUGUCAGGAGGAGGUGCUGAAGGUCUCUGGGGAGGGACAAAGGUCUUGCCUGUGCCCCAAGGUGGCAGAUCUAGGAGACAACAAAUAAGGCAGUAAGACCCUACCACAACUUGCGCUCUUUUUCAUACUGAAGAUUAGAUGUCAACAAGGAGGAUGGCCCAGAGAAGGGCUGGCCCUUCCAGGUAUGCUACAAGUUAUGAAAAUGAAUUCUCAUGGGAGGGAAGAACUGGAAGCUAGAAGUUGGCUAACGUCUCUCCCCUGUACACUGCCUCCUCUCCACACACACACACACACACACACACACACACACACACACACACACACGUAUCCCUGCUCAUUGUGCAGUUCCUACGACAGCUGUCGGCUCCUCACUAGUGAUCCUCACACCUGCUCUGAGCCACCCAUACAAUCAGCCAUUCUGUCAGAAUUUCAGGGCUAGCUCCCACUUCAAAUCAGAAGCACAACACAGCCCACGUAGGACCCGGACAUUCAGCUGAAGCUCCUUGCCUUUCUCUUUCCCAGUAAUCAAGACUGAAGACAGCUGGCCACUGUCCAUGGCCUCAGACAACUGUUCCAAACUGUGGGCUUGCCCACAAUGGGCAGGCCAUGUUAUUGAUCCUGAGAUAUUCAAUGAAAGACUGAGAUGCCCAUUAAACUCUGGGCUAUGGACAUGGGGGGACAGCCAGACCCUGAGCUGAACAGGGAAGUGGGCCCUCCAUCUCCCAAGUAUCUUUGGGGUCAAACUUGAGUUCCAGGCAUGGGUAUGAGCUGCAGCAUCUUUGGAUAUUUAGAACAAAUGGGGAUUCCCCCCACCCCAAGACAGAAAUCUUAUCCUGAGUCUAAGCCAGCACAUUCAGCAUCUGAGAAGCUCCACACAUUCACUUAUUGUUUGCAUCUGAAGUACACAGGGAUCCCCCACUGUGAUUACCCCCAGAGGUAAUCACACUCUGUUCUCAGAGACUCCUACAGAGUUGGGCAGACACUGAACCUGUCCACUGGAACAUGCAGCUACCCACAGCAAGGCCUGGUUCCUCUCCAGCUCCCACCUCAGGGUUUCUCACCAUCAGUUCAUUCAGAGCCCCUACUCCCCUGCAAGCAGAGCGAGAGUCAUUAGUAGUGGGCUCCACCCUCUCUUGUUCCUCAGAACAACUCCUCUGGCCACAGCUGCGGGUUAAGAGAAAAGCAUCUUGAAGUUGUAUUAGUAGCUGCUAUGGCCGAGAUUUUGUUGUCCCAAAAUCAUCAGUGGAUUUUGACUAAAGAAUCACUGUAAGCCAAAGAAAUGGGCCAACUUUUCAACUGAGGCAGAGUAAAAAAUGUGGGGGGAAGGAAAAUAUUAUUUCCAGUGCUGAUAUAAUGUCCUACAUAUGUAUAAAAUUGUGAAUAUCAAAGCAUCAUCUGAAAACUCAAGCCAGUUUGAAAAAACUAAAAACUAUUUAUCCGGACCCUAAAAAUUGCCAAGAUAAGCUAUACAAUGCAGUAGAAAAUUCUCUGGAGGAGAGACGAGUAAAUCAGUGCUUUUCUUA